AUCUCUCCAUCUUCGUGAUGCCCAUGCUCCAGUUCUUCCCCAUACCAGACUGCUGCUUCGAUGAGGUCAAGGUCCCAAUGUGGAUCUAUGACAAGUCCUGGUCUCCGGAUUUCAAGAACGACGAAGAGGAUGCUGGCCAGACCUGCGAGCCAAUGGCUUUGGUUGGCCAAAUGCAGGACGACAACCUGCCAACGCCUAGAUCGAAGGUCAUUGAGGCCGACGUCGACCAGCCGGCUCCGGAGAUCCCUUAUGCG